AUGACAAUAGAUAACCUUCAGAAUGAUUCCAAUUUGAAUCAACAACCAGACGAACGGAAAAUUGAUAAAAGUGAUUCCAUCUCUGACAAGAAUAAUGUUGAUAAUAAGUGGGAGGCCGUUGGUGUAACUCCACCAACAGAGAAUGUUGGUUGCAUAUCACAAGCAGAUGAUGAAAUAGUCUCUAAAACAGAUAGGAGUACAAUAACAGGAAGUGCGACAGAAGCAGAAGCAAAUGAUAAUGACGAUGAUGAAAGUGAAAGUGAAGAAGAUGAAGGUGACGGAGAUGAAGAUGACGAAGAUGAAGAUGAGCCGCCUUCAUUGAAGUACACACGAAUCAGUCAACUCCCGAAGAACUUUUUUCAACGAGACUCAAUCUCCUCAUGUUUGUUUGGUGAUACUUUUUUUGCAUUUGGUACGCACUCAGGCAUUCUACAUUUAACCACAUGCGCAUUUGAGCCCAUUAAAACUAUUAAAUGUCACAGAUCUUCGAUACUUUGUAUUAAUACGGAUGGAAAAUAUUUUGCUACUGGAUCCAUUGAUGGCACAGUUAUUAUUGGAUCGAUGGAUGAUCCACAGAACAUUACACAAUACGAUUUCAAAAGACCUAUAAAUUCCGUAGCAUUGCACUCAAAUUUCCAAGCAUCCAGAAUGUUUGUUUCCGGUGGAAUGGCUGGGGACGUGGUACUAUCUCAAAGAAAUUGGUUAGGAAAUAGAAUAGACAUUGUUUUGAACAAGAAGAAAAAGAAGAAGACAAAGAAAGAUGAUCAAUCCUCUGAUAUGAAGGGCCCAAUCAUGGGAAUAUAUACUAUGGGUGACCUUAUAUUAUGGAUGGAUGAUGAUGGAAUUACAUUUUGCGACAUUCCUACAAGAUCACAGCUUUUGAAUAUUCCAUUCCCCUCCAGGAUUUUUAACGUACAGGAUGUAAGACCAGAUCUAUUUAGACCUCACGUUCAUUUCUUGGAAAGUGAUCGUAUUAUUAUCGGGUGGGGAUCCAAUAUUUGGCUGUUCAAGGUUUCCUUUACCAAGGAUUCAAAUUCGAUCAAAUACGGUGACUCUAAUUCUCAAAGUAAUAAUAUGAGUCAUUUCAACCCGACGACAAACAUCGGAUCUCUCUUGUCUAGUGCUGCUUCGAGUUUUAGAGGGACACCUGAUAAGAAAGUUGAAUUGGAAUGUCAUUUUACUCUGUCAAUGCUGAUUGCAGGGCUUGCAUCAUUUAAGGAUGACCAGUUAUUAUGUCUGGGAUUUGAUAUAGAUAUUGAAGAGGAAGUAGCUGUUGAUGGAAGUAAGGAGGAGGGCGUGUAUUUUAGCAAAGGGCCAGAAAAUUUACUACUUAAAGGGAAUGCCCCGGAAUUAAAAAUUGUUGAUCUUUUUAAUGGUGAUGAAAUCUAUAAUGAUGAAGUUAUCAUGAAAAAUUAUGAAAAACUAUCUUUAAAUGACUAUCACCUCGGUAAACACAUAGAUGAAACAACACCAGAAUACUAUUUGAUAAGUUCCAAUGAUGCUAUCAGGGUUCAAGAAUUAUCAUUGAAAGAUCAUUUCGAUUGGUUUAUAGAAAGAAAUCAAUUUUACAAAGCUUGGAAAAUCGGUAAAUAUGUCAUUGGAUCAGAGGAGAGGUUUGGUAUAGGCUUAAAGUUCCUUAACGCUUUAGUGGCUAAAAAAGAUUGGGGUACAUUAGUGGACCACUUAAAUAUCAUCUUCGAAGAAACUUUAAACUCAUUAGAUUCCAGCUCAUAUGAUGUCAUUCAAAAGGUGCUGAAAGAGUGGGCGAAUAUAAUAGAAGUUUUGAUUAGAUCAGAAAAAAUUGUAGAAAUUGCGCCUUUGAUACCAAAAAAACCUGCCUUAAGAAAGUCUGUAUAUGACGAUGUAUUACAUUACUUUUUAGCCAAUGAUAUGAUCAAUAAAUUUCAUGAAUACAUUAUUAAAUGGGAUCCAAAGCUUUUUUCUGUGGACGAUUUCGAGGAAGAGCUAGAAACAAGAAUAGAGACUGCUAAUGAACCUACAGCCACAUCCAAUAAAGGAGGGUCCAAUAUUACUUAUAGGACAGAGUUAGUAUAUUUAUAUUUGAAAGAGAAUAAAUAUACCAAGGCUAUACCGCACUUGUUGAAAGCUAAGGAUUUAAGAGCUUUGACUAUUAUAAAAUUACAAAAUUUGUUGCCACAGUACCUAGACCAGAUCGUGGAUAUCAUUCUUUUACCGUAUAAAGGUGAAAUUUCCCAUAUUCCCAAACUAUCAAUAUUUGAAAUUCAAACAAUUUUUAACAAACCAAUUGAUCUUUUAUUCGAAAAUAGACAUACCAUAUCAAUUGAUAGAAUAUAUGAAAUAUUUGGACAUGGUUGUCCAAAAAGUUUCAACAAGAUUUUAUUUUGUUAUUUGAUAAAAUUUUUAGAUACGGAUGACUCGUUCAUGAUCAAUCCUUAUGAGAAUCAACUAAUUGAAUUUUUUUCUGAAUACGACCGACAAAGUCUUCUACCCUUUUUGCAAAAGCACAAUAACUACAAUGUGGAGACUGCCAUCAAGGUCUGCUCAUCGAAGGCUGGUUUAUACAAUGAAUUGAUCUAUUUGUGGGGGAAAAUUGGUGAAACAAAGAAAGCAUUAUCUUUAAUUAUCGAUGAGUUGCAAAACCCGCAAUUGGCUAUAGAUUUUGUUAAGAACUGGGGUGAUUCGGAACUUUGGGAAUUUAUGAUAAACUAUAGUCUUGAUAAACCUAAUUUCACUAAAGCCAUUCUAACAUGUUCUGAUGAGACUAGUGAAAUUUACCUAAAAGUGAUCAGAGGCAUGUCCGACGAUUUACAAAUUGACAAUUUGCAGGAUAUAAUUAAGCAUAUUGUUCAAGAGAAUUCACUGAGCUUGGAAGUUAGAGAAAAUAUUUUGGUAAUCAUUAAUGAUGAAACAAAAAAGUUUGGCAAUGAAUUCCUGAAAAUAAGAAGUCAAGGUAAAUUGUUUCAAGUGGACGAAAGCGAUAACGAAAUUAAUGACGACUUACACAGUGUUCUAUAA